AUGGCGACCUCGGCGUUCAAAUCCACGACGAAGCGGACGCCGAUCGGGAGCUCCGCGGCUCCGGCGGAGGACUCGGCUUCGGUUAACCGCUCCCACCGGCGCUCCCGGAGCCUCAGCUGCUUCUCGCGGCGGUUGCAGGAGGGGCCGGCGGAGGAGUUUGAGGUCAAUCCGACUCCCAGGAGGAAGUUUGUGAACACGGUGAGAGGCUCGGGCUUCCCGGAGAUUAGCCUUGACGACUUGGCGAUUGAGCUGUUUGAUUCCGGCUCCGAUGAGAGAGGAGGACGCUCGGUGUUGCGGAGUUCCGAAACUACCCCUGCCGGCGCGUCGCAGAGGCGCGGGAGGUCGGUGUCGAGGCAUGGACCGAGAGUUGGCGGCGGCGGUGGUGGAGGUGAGACGAGGGGCCGUGCUGGUAAUAGCUCAGGUGGAGGGAGGGUAGUUUCGGAAAGUAAGGGGAAUAUGAGGCAAAGGCGAUCGGUGUCUGUUGCUCGGUAUCAGAUGAGCGAUUCCGAGAGUGAUCUAGAUCAUACUCAUAAUCGUAGCACUACUAAGUCGAAGAACUUCACUAGUGGAAACAACCAGACGCCUUUGUCCGGGAAGUCAUUGGAUUCAAAUUAUAGGCCAGGAUUGAGAAGGUCUCUUAGCCAAAAAGAUUUGAAGUGCCAUGAUGGUUAUUCUAGCCAUUCUUCUGUCCUAACUGAUGAUGAGGGGAAGGAUGCUUAUAUCUACAAAAAUGGGGCUGAGAAGACUAUUCGAGCUGUAUAUUCAGAGAAGAAGGCACAGCACCCUGCUGGUAAUGAUAUGAAAAAUGGAUUAUAUGAAGAGAUGCGGAAGGAACUUAGACAUGCCGUGGAAGAGAUUAAGACAGAACUUAAACAGGAAAAGGGAAAAACGAAAUCAACUGUUCCAGCACCUGGUGAUUCCUUGCGCUCUAAUGGUCCAGAUGUACUUCAGGCUGUUUCUUCAAUCAGGAAGAAUUAUUCUUCCAAAUUGGAACAGUCAGAAAAGCGUAAACAAGAUUUAUUAGCAGAAAUAGUGCUGGAGGAACAACACAGUAGGGAACUCUCAAUGAUUGUAAAAGAAUUGCUUCCUGAGCCAAAGAAAAUCGUUAGUCCAGACAGACCGACACGAAGUAGAAGGAGGAGCAAUGACAAAGGUAGGGUGUCUAAGCGAUUGACUGAGGAAGCAGAAAGAUAUAUUGAGGACUUCAUUUCAAAUGUUGAAGACACAGAUAUAUCUUCACUUGAUGGUGAAAGGAGUGAUACAAGUUCAAGCAUAGGAGGAAUAAUGAGGGGCGAAACUUUUCAAAGUCCAGCCAUGUCCACUCCUCCUGUUUUCAUGGACGGCGUUGUACUGCCUUGGUUGCAGUGGGAGACGAGUAAUGAAGGUACUCCUAUGGGUUGCAGGAAUAAGACUGAACCACCAAUGACCCCAAAAUCCUUUUCAUGGGGUGCUUCUCAGGAAGUGAGCAAUGCGCAAGACCAUAGUCAGUCUGCUAGCAGCCGUGGGAGUUGGAGCCCUGGGAUAAUAGAAUCCCUGCCAUUUAACAUCAUGGAAAAUGCAUCCAGUAAAAUUGGAGAAUCUGGUAAUUACCAAAGCAGAUCACACCCAGGCAGGUCAAAUCCUUCGCGCUUUGACAUGGAAAAGUAUCUUGAGCUUAAAAACAAUGAAGAUUUUCUCUUUGAAACACUGAAGCAACGACACAGAAUUGCUUCUGGGGGCCUCCUUCUUUGUAAUAGAAUGUUGAUCUAGUUAUAACUAGUUUUUUAAGACAGCAACGGAUAAACUCCAUCGAUAUCAUUGUAGGUAGCCAUCGACAAUAUAUUUCAAGAGUUAAAUCUAAAACUUCUCCAUUGAGCAAUUACACUAUUGCUGACCACUGCCAAAGCA